AAAAAUCAUUUUCCAUUGGUCUUGCCUUUAGUACACUAAUUUAGUUUUCCUAUGCAUUUGUUCUUGCAAUUGUUUUGCUUUAGAAAACGCUCGUUUUAUUUUUCAAACGGUCACCUUCGCACAGUCUUUUGGUUGAAGCUAUUGUAAAACUGUUUUAAUUUUCAUUCAUAAACGCACGUUGCUAAUUUCUGAAUGAAUAGUAGUCUAAAGAAACCAUUGCUAUUGUUUGAAUUGAAAAGAGGUUUCGAUUUUAAGGAGAAUUCUAAAAGAUAAACAAACAUGGAAUCUAAUAAUGAAUCAAAGGUACUUAAUGUAAAUCUUAAAACGCCCGAUGAAACUGAAGCUGAAGAAAUCGACACGAAAGCCAAAAUCGAACAGUGUUUCGACGAUAACAAAAAUGUAAAUGCUGUUGAAUUUAUUCCAGGAGAAAAAAAUGGGACCGAAAUAAUUCUUAAAAAAGUCGAAGUACAGAGCGAAGAUAAAAAAGACGAUAGUUACAGUGAUUUUGUCGACACGGCAAAGAUGGCAAAGGAUCCUAAAAGAGUUGCCGAAGAGAGCAGUGAGAAAGGUAAUAAAUCGAUGGAAGUAAUCGUAACCCUCCCGACACCAACUAGUACCGGUGUGGUCAUAAAUGAGCAAAUGAUGGAAAAACCUCAGCCAGAACAGUUUAAAAAAAGUGGGAACGUCAAAGAAAACGAAUUAGUGAAAUCGGAAAUAACAGAGGGAGAAGAAGGAGUAUUCAUAAAGGUUGAUGAUGAAUCUAUCGUCGCAGCGGCUGUUGACUAUAAGGACACCGAAGCAGUAGUCAAUGAACACACAACCCUGGGUUCUUCAGCUGUGCAACCAAAAGAGUCGCAAGAUCAAGUUAAUACGGAGCAGCUAAAACAACAAGAGGUGCGACAAGCCCAGAAGGAUGAUUGUGGGAAUAAUAUUAGAAACUCGGAUAUUGACUCAAAUAUAGAGCAAGAAAAUAUUGCCUUAUUGAAGCGGCAACAAAAAGAGCUACUCGAAAAGCAAAAAGAUUUGACCCAGAAAAUACACCAACAGCAACUGAUUGCUCAGCAUUUAGCUGAAGAAAAUCGUAUACACCAACAAAAACUACAAGAACAGAAACAACAACAAAAUCUCUCAGAAUCGCAAACAAAGCUACAACAGGCAGCACGCAAUAAUCCAAGCCCAUUCAGUUAUAAGCAAACACUCUCGCCAUAUCAACCCCAAAAAAAAAUUUCCCAAUACUUGACGGUUGAGGAAACAAAAGAUGAAUAUGGUUACACACAAAAAACAGAAGCUUACGAAUCCAAGGUACGUUAUUUUUGCAUUUGCGCUUUCUAUAUCUAAUUAUUUUAAUCAUGU